UAAGAAAACAAGAUCGUUCUUUUUCCGAAUCUUUUUGCCUUUUUUGAAUUUUAAUUUUAUCUUCUUCUUUUUAUUUUUUUUCUGUUCAAUCAAUGAUCCAAAACCCUAAUGUUUUAGGUCGCCGGAUUCUGGACUUUCCGGCGAUUCAUCCAUGCGAAGAAAUCUCUCCGAAGACACUCGUGAGCGCUCUGAUUUCUCUCGCGAACGAAAUCUGCAGUUUCAAAUCGAGGUUCUUCGCGUGCAAUGAUCGGAAUGCGCGAGAAAUUAUUCGCCAGAUUGGAGUACUUCUCGCCUUCCUCGAAGAAGUCCGAGGAUCGGUGUCGGAUCUCCCGGACGCCGUCGUCUUGGGAUUCUCGGAGAUUCAUUUUGCCUUCCAGAGAGUUCGGUUCCUCUUGGAGGAUUGCUCGCGGGAGGGGGCUAGAGUUUUGAUGCUGGUGAAUGCGGAGCGCGUGGCGAACCAUUUCCGCGUGUUCGCGAGAGCCAUCGCGACGGCUCUGGAUGUUCUGCCGCUUUCUCUGAUCGACGUGCCGGUUGAUUUGAAGGAACACGUUGAGUUGGUGAUGAGGCAAGCUCGGAAAUCGAGCUUCGAUGUUUCGUCGGAGGAUAAGCGAGUUCUCAGUGUUGUUCGGUCCGUUCUAAAUGGGUUCGAGAAGGGAGCUAUCCCGGAAAUGGAUGAUCUCAGACUGGUCCUUGAUUAUCUUGGAAUUCGACGUUGGAGCAGCUGCAAUAAGGAAGUGAAGUUCCUAGGUUCAGAAAUCGAGUUCGAGAACUCGAACGAGGAAAGGAAAGAGCUGGUGACGAUGUUAAGCAGUUUAAUGGCGUUCGUUUGCUACUGUCGUUGCGUGUUGUUUGAUGUUGUCGACGGCGAAGCCAAUCGACAAUUGAACAAUAAAUGUAGCACUGAGAUGCUAAUGGGACUUAACACAGAUGAUUUCCGAUGCCCAAUAUCUCUGGAGAUAAUGGUUGAUCCGGUGACGAUAGCGUCAGGGCAUACAUACGAUCGCUCUUCGAUUGCGAAAUGGUUCUGCGCUGGGAAUUCAAUCUGUCCGAAAACCAGUGAGAAGCUUAAAAACUUGGAGAUGGUGACUAAUUUGGCGCUUCGGAGGUUGAUACAACAGUAUUGUUUUGAGAAUGGCAUUCCAUUUGUUGAUUCGGGUCACAGAAAUCGCCAUGUGAAGAGAGAAGUUUUCGCGGGAAGUUUGGCAGCUGAAAAUGCCAUGAAAAUGGUGGCCAAUUUUCUUGCGGACAAGCUUUCGUCUGAAACCGGACAAGAGAAAAACAUGGCAGCUUAUGAAGCCAGACUUCUCUCAAAAACAAGCGUUUUUAAUCGGUCUUGUUUGGUUGAAGCUGGUGUAGUUCCGCCUUUGCUGAAGCUACUGCUUUCGUUGGAUUCAUCGACCCAAGAGAACGCCGCUGCUUCCCUGUUGAACUUUUCCAAGCAUUCCAAAAGCAAAGCUACAAUAGUCAACAAUGGAGGUUUGAAAGUUCUAGUAGAUGUGCUAAAGAAAGGACUCAACUUAGAAGCAAGACAGCACGCCGCUGGUGUGCUGUUUUACCUUGCUUCAGUUGAGGAGAAUAGGAUGUUGAUUGGGGAAAAUCCUGAGACAAUUCCUGCCCUAAUGGAGCUGAUCGAAAAUGGGACCGAUCGGGGCAAGAAAAAUGCAUUGGUUGCCAUUUUUGGGCUCCUUGCUUCCCCUGGAAACCAUUGGAGGGUGCUAGCAGCUGGGACAGUUCCUCUGCUGGUUAAUCUUCUGAAGACUUGUGAAACGGAAGAACUUAUCACCGAUUCUCUUGCAAUCCUUGCGACUCUCGCAGAAAAAUCUGAUGGAACGACUGCGAUUUUGGUUCACAAGGCUUUGGAUUUGGCAGUGGAGAUUCUGAAUUCAUCCACUUCAAGGGCAGGGAAGGAGUACUGUGUGUCUUUACUGCUAGCUCUUUGCAAGAAUGGCAAAAAGGAUGUGGUCGCUCUGUUGGUGAAGAGCCCUUCUCUAAUGGGAUCUUUAUAUUCUCUAUUAAGUGAAGGCACAUCUCGAGCUAGCAAGAAGGCUAGUGCUCUCAUCAGGGUUCUUCAUGAUUUCAAAGAAAGGAGGUCUUCUGGCUUGGUGGCUCCUGUUCUUCCUCGAGAACGAUUUGUCCGUGUAUGGUAACCCAAUUUUUUUCGGGUUUUCUACGGUUGCUUAUUCUUUUUCAGGCUGUGUAAAUACACAUUGUUUAUGUAGAUAUCUCAUGGUGCUAGCUUGGUUUUUCUAAAGAGCUAGACACUAUUUGAGCUUCUGGUUUUUGGAUGAAGCUCAAUUUGUACAAAAAGCUAUUUACAUUGUAAUUCUAUUUUCUUUAUUGAAUAAAUAGCAAUAGAUCAAAGUUUAUUGCUGCAUAAA